AACGAAACUAACUCCUUGAUCACAGUGGGUGUGUACGCGCGCGCGUGUAUGUGUGUAUGUGCGCGUGCACGCGUCUGCUUUAUAUGUUCAAUAUGUAGGUGAUAAACGGUCAAGUUUCCAGGACAAUCAGACACUUUUUUGUGCAGUUGUCUCGUCAUGGAGAGUGGCGCAGGAGCAAACACGCAGCAGGGCGAGGAGAAGCGUGUGGAGCAACUCAUGGACGAGUACCUGAAAGCGAACGGACUCUACCGCAAGAAGAUAGCCAAGGACGGCUCGUGUUUAUUCCGAGCCGUGGCUGAGCAGGUGCUGCACAGUCAGGGUCUACACACCAGGGUCCGCACGGAGUGUGUGAAAUACCUCAGACAGAAACGAGACCUGUACGAGUCGUUCAUCGAAGGUGAUUUUGAGGAAUACCUGCAAAUGCUUCAGGAUCCUCAGAGCUGGGUUGGACAAGUGGAAAUAAGUGCUUUGUCUGUUCUUUAUAAGCAUGAUUUUAUCAUCUAUCAGAUCCCUGGAGAACCUCCUGUGAACAUCACGGAGAACAGCUACCCUGAUAAGGUGCUUCUCUGCUUCCUCAACGAUAACCAUUACGACAGCGUUUAUCCGAUAUCUUCUAUCAAAAAUGCUGCUGUGUGCCAGUCAAUCCUGUAUGAGCUGUUGUACGAGCGUGUGUACGGUGUGGAGCGCAAUGUGUUAGCGCCAAGCCUGCGGGGGUCUAAAACAAAUAACGAGAACAUCGAGGCAGUGGAGCGUGAGAGCAGCGGAGACUCUGACCAGGAUGAGGGAGAGGAUCCCUGGUCUGUGUCCAGUGAAGCUACAGCAAGGACGGCUGGUGUGAGCAACAGGACAUCUUAUAAGGGUCGUGGGCGGGGCCAAACCAGAGGAGUAGGGCGUGGCCGCCUGCCUCGUGCGGUGCAGGAUUCUCUAAACCCCUCCUGCUUGAGGAAUGUGCAGUAUAAUGUGUGGUUGCGCUCAAAACGAGUUCAGCAGAGGAGGGAUUUCUGCAUGGCAGCCGGGAUGCAUUACAAGGCUGGAGACAAGUGCCAGGUGCGGUUGAAUAACACCGACCGCUUCUACAGUGCAUACAUUCAGGACGUCAGCCCUGACGACGGACCCGUCACCGUCUUUAUAGAGGAGCUUGGACAGAAAUACAACGUUCCAUUGUGGAAUCUACGUACUCCUUCAGAAGACGCCUGGUCUACAGUGACGGAGAAAAACAAAAGACACACUGCAUCCAGCAGCAGCAACGGUCCCACAGAGCAUGACACCAAACCUGGGAAGAAGCCCAUGAGGUCCAUGUCACAUGGUCCAUCAGCAGCAUCCCAAGGCUCUGCUCCUGGCACUCGCAUCCAGCAGCAGCAUUCUUGGCCUUCACAUUCCACAGUAGAACCACAAGGAAAGAACGGUAGUAGCAGGAGGAGUGACCAGGGUGCAGGUGGGUUAUGUGCCUCACCUGUAAGGGAAAACGAAGACGUGCUGCUGGAGCUCCUGAACAAAGACGAGGAGAAUUUUCCGACUCUCGAAGCCAGUGCACAGGCUGCUAGUGUUGAGGGGAGUAGAAGAGCUGAGAAGAAAGGCUCCCGAAAGAAAGUCAGCACAGAUACCAAAGAGCAAUUUCCGAACCCUAUUCCCAAACCGGAAAAAGAAGAACAGGUGAAGAAAGGUUCAGUGGAUCAAGACCAAAGAACAUCUCCUUCCUCUAAAGAGAAACAAAACCCUAACAAACCACCUUCUAACUUACCUAGCCCUUCAGCUUCAAAAUCUACAAAAGCUUCCCUGCUGUCCACAACAGCACCUGCUCGAGUUCCUUACAAACCCUUUUCAUCGCUACCUGCUUGCAUUCUCCCCAGCCAGUCUCAAACUGCCCCCGUUUCAUCUGCAAGAUCUCAGAAUUCUGUCCAGACUACCCCCAAGUUAUCUCCAACUGCUCCUGCUCCAUCUACAAGUUUCCCAGAUUCUUUGCAGAUUACCUCCACCAAGUCUGAGAUUGCCCCAACUUUACCUACAAAACCCCAGGAUUCGUUCCAGACUACCCCCAUGCAGUCUUCAACUGCCUCUGUUCCAUCGAUAAAACCCCAGGAUUCGUUCCAGACUACCCCCAUGCAGUCUUCAAAACCCCAGGAUUCGUUCCAGACUACCCCCAUGCAGUCUUCAAAACCCCAGGAUUCGUUCCAGACUACCCCCAUGCAAUCUUCAAAACCCCAGGAUCUGUUCCAGACUACCCCAUGCAGUCUUCAAAACCCCAGGAUUCGUUCCAGACUACCCCCAUGCAGUCUUCAAAACCCCAGGAUUCGUUCCAGACUACCCCCAUGCAGUCUUCAACUGAUCGUGCUCCAUCAACAAAACCCCAGGAUUCGUUCCAGACUACCCAUGCAGUCUUCAACUGAUACUGCUUCAUCUACAAGACCCAUAGUUUUGUUAGAGAAUACCUCCUCAGUAUCUUCUCAGUGUUCCACCACUCAGUGUCUAACUGGGCCUAAGCCUAUCCCUGUUACAACAGUCUCAUCACCCAGGAACUCCCCCCGUGACACAGAUUCGACUUUCGUAGUAACAACCGCUGUGUCCUUGACCCCAGAAGCUGUUACCACCCUUAUUGCUUCUCAAACAACCACAACCACAGCUCCAUCUGACCCUGUACCUACCCCAUUAUCUCACCUCUUGAUCUCUCAGACUGCUUCUGAACCUUCUCAUGCCCUUUCCCAAAGUACCUCAGCAACCCCCCAGGACCCUGUCCUCACAUCUAAAAUUACUUUUGCUGCUGCAGUGCCUUGUUCAACAGAUGCUCCUGCUGCCUUAAAAACCCCUGAAUCAGCUGCUGUACCUGCUCAACCAGCUCUUUCUCCUGGCCCUCCCUACCCUGUUGGGUUUGGUCAUCUACCUUAUCCACCCUACCCCCCUUAUCCAGCUGCCAUGCCAUCUUUAUCGCCAAACAUACCUGCCCCCAUGCCAGAUCCUUGUCUUCCUCCUGCUGUCCCAACUCCACCUUACUCUCAUGCUACAGAGUCUUACUUGUAUGAACAUACGGUCUCACCUGUUGCAGCAAGUGCUGGAGGUGCCUUAGUGUCUGAUCCCCCACCAGAGUCCUCCAUCACUUUUGAGCAGCUUUGCCAGGAAAGGCUUUAUCCUGGUUUUCCCCAGAACGAGAAAGGUGAACCUGUCCAGACCCCACUGUUCUCUGACCACAAAUCUGGAAAAGAUCUGCCAAAUGAUACAAGCGUCCUACGAUUCUUCUUCAACCUCGGAGUUAAGGCCUACAUGUAUCAGAUGUUGCCCCCGCUCACUUACCUGGCACCACUAGUCCAGGCCUACCAACACACGCCACUUAACAUCUCUCCUUCGCCUGGAUCAUGGCAACCAGAAAACAACUCUAGACCAAUUUACUCUUCCCCUAACCCUUCCCCUGCCAGGCCUGCUCAUUUUGACGUAAGAGGUGUUCCUUCGUCGAUGGACGUUGGGGUGUUCGGUCAUCCUUCUUUGCCUAUGCAGAUGUCGUUGCCUGUUGUCUCUCAUCCCACUGUAUACGCAGGUAUGUGUUCAGUGCCCCCUGCUGGUCCAUCACUGCAAUAUUCCGCCCCUCAGCAUCACUCUGUGCCACCACCUGGACUUUACGGUAUGGAAAUGCACAGGCCAACGGUGCCACCAAUAAUGGAAGGAGGUCAGGGAGUUCAUAGUUCUAUGACUGCACAACUGGAGAAAGCAUUUUGGGCAGGUCAAAACCAGCAUCAUUUAGAAGGUGGAGACAUCAAACCAGGGGGUGUUCCUGUGACUGUAGAGAUGCACAGCAGUGGAGCUCAAGUGGCGGUUGGAGGGCAGAGUAAAGGGGUGGAGCCGACAUUGCUGGCCAAUGGAAACAGACAAGAGAUAAGUGUUGGAUUCAUAGGACCGCCGUUAGAAGGAUGGAAGACGGAGUUCGGUACUGAUCCCAAAACUGUGCGGAGCUACCAGAGUCCGUCGUACAGAUCCGGAGGUAGGCACGGCCAGAACGACCGAGGAGGAUACAGGGGGCGUGGCACACGUGAAAGGAGAGAGAAUACAGGUUGGGUAAGACACGAUGGCCAAAUGCUCUACCACAGAGGAUCCGGUGGUAGAAGCAGGGGGCGGGGCUACACUAACACCAGAGCCACAGGGUACCCAGGUGGCCAUUGUGCACCAGAAAGCUGACAGUCGCUCGUUUUUCUUUUGCUACCGAUUCUUUUGGAAUUUUGUGGUGUGUUUGUUUUUAAAACCUUUUUUUUUUUUUUUUCUUGCUGCUGUGUCUUCUGAGAAAGGCGUUUCCACUAUGUAUUUGUGUAUAUUAAAGCCGUGUGUGAAAGAUCGAGAUGAACUAAUUAUGAACGUAAACAUUCAACCUCAUCGUCUGAGGAUGCGAAUGUGACGAUCGAGACCGCACCCGAAUCUCGUUUACGAGCUUUCGUUUACUGGACGCUUGAAACUUGACUUGCUUUCGUGGCCUUUUGGAAUCAAAUGAAUCAUAUCAAAGAAAAUGGCGUCACUUCAUGACCCUGCUUUUGGCUACAGAUACGUAUACUGUACAUGUGGUGUUUUUUGUGUGUGUUCUUAUGAAAUCUGAAUUACUCAGUCCUUCACCUCUAAAUAGCGUCGUUCACAAUGUUUUAUGUUUUGCUUCCUGAAUCCUGCUUUUAGAUUCAGAAACGGCUCGAGCUGGAGCACUGUGUUUAUUAUUAUAUAGGAAAAGAUCAGCAUUUGCACAUCAUCCCCACUGUAACCCACCAGGAGCCACAUUCCAAAAUCUACAGUGUAAAUAUGCAAAGUUGUAGUUAAUUAGUAAAAAUCUCACAAAUUCACGUCCAUCAGAACGUCUUAUGUACAAACAUGCAACCCGAACCCUGUAGCUGAACACUGGAAUGUUACGAUGGGCGAUUGUGUAGAUCUACCAGCUUUUUGCCAACGGUGAUGUGGUGUAAAGCGAUUCUUUUUGCCCUGAUUACGCUUAAACACGUACGAAUCGAGUUUACGAUUGAAUGAUUUUUGUUUUUGUGUGAAUUUCUAUGCUGUUGUCUGUACGAUUCAUAUCUUCCACCUUACGAUGCACUUUCUCAUCCGACUGUGUUUUCGGAUCAGGAGACAGAUUUGUGUGAAUUAACGACCGCAAGGCUCCGUGUUUUACCUGCUGAACGGUGGACGUUGCGUCGGUUCUCGUGUAGUGCCUUAAGACUUUAUUUGGCGUUAGUUUCUGCACUUGUGCCUUCUGAAGAAUGCGUUUUAUAUCGAGUGCCGGUAUUUAUCACAACCAAAGAUGCAAAUGGAUGCAAAUUUUUUUUUAUAGAAAACGUUAAUAAAGAGAUGUCUGUUUCUCUCA